CCUGCACCUGCCUUCUCCUAAUUGGAAAGUACCGGGCCCGCCUCCUGCUGGCUAAAUCACCGUAGUGAGGUGGGCGAACGCCUGCCACGCGCGUUGCUUUGCCGCCUCCCUUCCAAAUAUUCGUUGGCCCAGUUUCAUUCUGACGCAGGCCUUUUUUUUUUUUUUUUUUAUCAAUCCUUACCAGGUUCUGUUCCCUGGAUACACGACGCCAGAAAGAAGGUAUAAACACCUCCUCGCCUACAGUGCCCCCUUCUUACAGACCUCUUCCUUUUCUUCCUCAUCGAUACGAUACCUCUUCCUGAUUCACCCUUUUUGAACAGGAACACAAUCUUGGCGAUUCUCAUUAUACCCAAUUUCCCUGUGAUACCCCCCCUCCGAAAUACCCAAUACCACGAAUUCCCUUUUUUGUCCUGUACACCACUACCGAUAAUCACCCUACCUCAUCUCAACACCUCCCAAAACAGAAUUCAACAAGCAGUUUUCAUUGCGCGAUAGCUACGAUACCCCCAUCAUGUCAGCAAACGUCAACAAGCCGACGGACCUCAAGCAGAAGGAGGCCGACGUCAACCGCAAGCUUCAGCUCUAUGGCAUCCUCUCCGCUUUCCAGGCUGGCAAGGUUCCUUCGAAUGACCAAAUCGAUGUUGCUCUGAACAUUUUCUUGGCCUCCAAGGCUCUCUCAAACCCUCCCGAGAAGCUCUCCCCCGAGGGCCGCGCACUGAUCGCCGAUGCGCGUGAAGUUGUCAUCCAAGCCAAGAACCUUUUGUUGUCCAAGAACCAGGGCAACUUGAUCCAAGACUUUAUCUGGCAGACUGAGCAAUUCGACCCCAAGGUUGUGGACGUUCCUGGUGCCCCUGUCAACAAGGAAGUCGCUCAGCAGCAUGGCGACAAGGCGCUAGAGGGUCUGCGGACCCUGGGAACUUUGCUCAUCACCAACGGACAGUUCCGCAAGCUCCUCAAGGAUGCCACCGUCCUUCUCCGGGACAUGGCUGGCGAUGCCGCUACCAACGCUGCCCAGCGUGUUCGUCCCUCCGGUGAAGCCCUUCAGGACAUGGAUCGCCCUGCUGAGGACAACACUUGGCACGACGCCCCCGACUUCUCCAAGGAGAACUUCAAGAAGCAAGCUCAGGGUGUCUACAAGGGCUCUCCUGCCGAUGAUGCUCGGGAGGUUCUCGCCGCAGGCACUCAGGCUGCUCACCCCAACGGAUCGCAGAAUCCCAAUGACCUGGCUGCGACUGCCGCUCGCGAUCAGCAGCAGGGUACCAACUCGGGUGUGAAUGCCCAGGGUGGCAUCAACGCUGCCCGCGACGUCAUCCAGAAGAAGUACAACGAGAACGUCGAUGGCGAGACCAAGGAGCAAGCACGUCAGCGCAAGGAGGAGUACCUUCGCCGUUCCAAGGAGUACUUCAACAAGAAGAUGCCCCAGGAGCGCAAGGACCAGACUAUCUGGCGUCUGAAGAAGAUGGUGCUUGAGUGCCAGCAGCACCCCGAUUACGCCCAGGCCAUUGAGACUCUUCUCAACCUCGCCGAGGAGUACGCUGGCCACUCCCGCACUCUGGCACAAGGUGGAACUGGUACCGUCAAGGACGCCCGUGCCGGCCUCGCUCAGGCCGAGUCUGAUCUCAAGACGCUGAUCGAGCGGUUCGCCAACGGCACCUCGUCCGAGGAUCUCUUCGAGUCGAUCAACCAGAUCUACCGCGAUGCUGACAACGAUCGCGAGCUGAAGGACUGGUUCAAGGCUAUGGACCGAUACGUCCGCCGCUGCCUUCUCGAGCAAGGAUACAUCCUGGACGAGGACUCCAACCAGGAAUGGAACCACCUUUACGACCAUGGUCGUUACUUGCUUCGCGAGAAAUAUCGCGCUCACACCGACCGUGUCUUUGACGAGAUCAAGUUCUUGAUUGACCAGUUUGAUCAGGACCCUCUCAACAAGCGCUUCGGUCUAGCCGUCCAGAAGCUCUUUACCGAUCUGGGCAAUGACGAGAACGGCAAGCCUACUUUCAAGCCUCACUUGCUGAAGGAUCUCUCAGAGGUUAUCAUUCCCGGCAUCUUCGAGAAUGUCGCCUACAUCCCGGUCCCGCGUCUCGAGUACAGCGACCCCCAGUUCGAUGCUGUCAUUGAGAACCUUGUCCUCGAGUCUGACAACUUCAUGCCCAACGUUCUCGAGAUUAACAGCGAGAACUACUUCCUUUGGGGACGCAAGAAGAUCGCCAACAAGCACAAGCAAUCCUUUGAGGUGAAGGUUGCUGGUGUCCAGCUUGAUCUUCGCGACGUCAGCUACCACGUCAAGCGCAAGCAGGGCUUCCCCUCCAUCACUGACACUGGUGUCGCCGACAUUCUUCUCGCUGGCGAUGGCUUCUCUUUCAAGAUGAAGCUCUCCUCUGCCGAUAAGAGUGACAGACAGAACUUCUUCAAGGUUGACAAGGUUGAUGUCGACAUCAAGCACAUGAGCAUCAAGCUGAAGCAGUCUAAGCACAAGCUUCUGUUUGGUCUCUUCAAGCCCAUCAUGCUCAAGGUCCUUCGCCCUGCUCUGCAGAAGGCUGUCGAGAAGGCCAUCAAGGACCAGGCCACUCAGCUCGACGGCAUCAUGUACCAGGUCAAGCAGGAGGCUGAUCGUGCCCUCGAUGAGGCUCGCUCCAACCCCGAGAACACUCCCAACAUCUACAACCGGUAUGCCACCGCUAUGCAGAAGCGCGCUCUCCAGGCCAAGCAGAAGGCGGACGAGGUCACUGCCGACAAGAAGGUCAACUACGCCAUCACCAAGGAGGAUUCCAUCUUCCCCAACAUUCACCUGCCUGGAGGUAUCAGCUCCAAGGCCACUGAGUACAAGGAGCUGGCUCGCAAGGGUGAGCGCUGGGAGAGCCCUGUCUUCGCCAUUGGCAAGGCAAAUAAGUCUACCGACAUCCCCGAUGCUCCUCGCAUCGAGCGCAAGAAGCACGGUCUUCCCACUCAGCAGGGACAGUAUGCUCCUCACGCCCCUGGCCAGGUCAACGGUGGUGACUUGAACACCAUCCCCACUUCCGGCUACCCUACCUCCAGCUAUGACGCCCACCCCAAUGGCGGUCUUAACGGCACUGUCAACACUCUUUCUACCCCUGCUCACGUCAGUGGAUACUAAGCGUAGACAUUAAUUCUUUCCUUUUGUGGCAGACGUGGAUCAAAUGAUGAGUUGACGGCAAACGAAAAGGCUUAUACCCGGAUGGAGAAUUCAGUAUGGGUCAACAGACGGCGGAAGCUUAAUGAUGCAGUCCCUUAGUAAUAAUUCUUCUUUAGCUCAAUUGCAAUGGUUUCAAUCAAGAUCCUAUUAUAAUAGCCUUGCCUUCUUGUUAGAAGUGAAAACCUUCCUGCAUUGUGGAAACUGUGCAAGUGCCCAGUGAUCUGGAUGUCGCAGUUCAUGCACCUAAAUCAACCCCGCCAAGCUUAAAGCGUCGUCCAACCCAUGUCAGUCGGCACAAGCGCGCCGUUGAUGGUGUUCAUCCCACCAGAACAUAAGUUCACCACCGUCUUUGACACCUGAUCCAGCGGCGACCAUCCCAGAUCCCAGCCGCCCUUGGCAGGGUUACCUUGGCAGGUGUUGAAAGUUGACACCACUGUUGCAGGAGUUUCGUUAGCAAUCAGUACACAUGAUAGUAUAUGAGUGCUUGAUAGGAGAUGGCGUCUUACCCAUGGCAAGGCCUUCGGGGUGGAACUCUUUGAUGUGUUCCUCGUCCCUGGCCAUGUUGGUCAUCAUGGGACCGGGCAUGAUGGCUAGGCACCGGAUGCCCUUUGGGCCGUAAAAGGCUGCUGUGCUUCGCGUCAGGCCGACGGUGCCGUGUUUGGAGGCCGUGUAGGCGACGCCUUUGUUGUUUUCGUGGUUAGCUGGACGUUUAUUUGGAUACGAGAUUCUUGUCUCAUGGUCCAUUCAUUACAGAAUAUAGAUUCUUCCACCUCUUUCCAUGAAGAUAUGGUGGUUGGGAUGAGGUGGAAUAAGAUAAGGUGAGAUGGAAAGAUGGCACUCACCUGCUCUCGCGCCGUGAACCCCCGCAGCACUGAUAACAUUCAAAAUCACGCCCCUCUGCCCGUCGAUAGGCUCCUGCUUCAAGAACUGCUGGAUCGCGCGCUGCGAGGUGACGAAGCUACCCGUCAUGUUGACGAGGAUCUGGCGGUCCCACAUGUCCAUGGGGCAUUCGCCCGUCGGGUGCAUCAGGUCCGAGAUGCCGGCGUUGUUGACGAGGACGUCGAGGCGGCGUGCGCCUUCGUCUCCUCCGCCGCCGUCGAUCCAGGACGAGAUUGCGGCGGAGACGGAGGCCGGGUCGGUGAUGUCUGCUUUCACGGGGUGGAGACGGGCGCGGAGAUCCGGGGCGUCGUCGAACUUGGAGGGAAGAGAGGCGAGGGAGGCGUCGGAGACGUCGAGGGCUAGCACUGUUGCGUUUGCGGCGAGGAAGUGGCGGGUUAGGGAGAGGCCUAGGCCUGAGGCUGCGCCUGUGAUGAGGACUGUUUUUGAGGUGUAGUCUGUGGACAUGUUUUAAAACUUCUAUCUGAUAAUAUGGGUUGACGAUACGAGGGUGUUUUACAAGAUCUUUAACGGGAACGAAAUUCACCAGGAGAGAGAGUGAAGAAGGGUCGUCUUGAUUGAGAUUAUAUACACGAGUAGUUCAUUAUGGUCCUCGUACUGACGGGCUUUUGAUAGAUCAUAUGCUGAGAGACUGAACGCCUCUGGGGCAUGAAGCAUCGACGUCCCGCCUGCAUCACAAAGAGAAUCCGAUACCGAGAACGAUGGAGGGUACGACGCGCAGGUGAGAAGCGACGGGUUGAGUCUUGUAUACCAAUGCUAUAUCGACAGGAACAUAUGCACGAC